AUGAAAUCAGAGGAGGAUACGUGCAGAUGGCUGACCGCUUGUCCCUCGACAGGCCACGAGAGCAACAACUGCCCGCUUCCUAGGACGACCGAGACGAAGCAGUGCUACCACUGCCAGGGACUUGGCCAUGUCCAGGCUGAUUGCCCUACCCUCCGAUUGAGCGGCGGCGCUGCUGGCGGACGCUGCUACUCCUGCGGUCAAGCUGGCCAUCUGGCUCGCAACUGCCCAACCCCGAACACGAACCCAGCUGGUGCUGCACCUGCUGCGCCCGCUGCUGCCGCCGCUGCUCCAGUGCCUGCUCAAGCUCCAGUCGGCCGUGGUGCUGGUGGCUUCCGAGGAGGACGUGGUGGCUACUCUGGUGUCCAGACCAACCGUGCCGCUACCUGCUACAAAUGUGGUGGGCCCAAUCACUUCGCUCGUGAUUGCCAGGCCCAGGCCAUGAAGUGCUACGCUUGUGGCAAGCUUGGCCACAUCUCGCGCGACUGCACUGCCCCGAACGGCGGUACGCCGAAUGCGCCCAGCAAGACGUGCUAUAAGUGUGGUCAGGUUGGGCACAUCAGCCGUGACUGCACCCAGGCCGAUGCUACCAAUGGCGAGGCUGCACCCGCUGCUGACGGCAACGAGGCGGCGGCUGCUGUCGAGGUCGCUGCUCCAGCUGCGCCUGCGGCUGUUGCUGCUUAG